AUGGAGCCAAUGUGGAACUCCUCCCACACGCAUCCACAGCCUACAUCCAACAUGUCUGCCUCCUCUCUGCCUGAAGGCUGGGCUCUGUCCCAGUCGUUAGCCCUGCUGGCGAUGCUGCUCAUGGAUCUGCUGGCUGUGGUGGGUAAUGUGGCUGUCAUGGCGGUCAUUGCCAAGGCCCCGCAGCUCCACAAGUUUGCCUUUGUCUUCCACCUGUGUGUGGUGGACCUUCUGGCAGCCCUGGUGCUGAUGCCCCUUGGCAUGCUCUCAAGCCGCGCCUUCUUUGGGGAGGCCCUGUGCAGGAGCUACCUCUUUCUCAGUGUGUGCCUAGUCAGUGCUGCCAUCCUCUCUAUCUCUGUCAUCAAUGUGGAGCGUUAUUACUACAUCAUACAUCCGAUGCGCUAUGAGGUGAAGAUGACCAUUGGCCUGGUAGCUUCAGUGCUUGUGGGGAUAUGGGUAAAAGCUCUGGCCAUGUCUGCUCUGCCGCUGCUCGCUUGGUUACUGCAGGGUGGAAAAACUCCUCUCCUGGAGAGUAGUGGGGUUGACGGAGGAGGUGGAGGUGCGGUCCCAUCUCCCCCUGCUCAGGGUCAUAGGCGCUGCUCACUUCACUGGACAGGGGGAGGAUCAAACCGCUUGGCCUUCAUGGUCCUCUUCACUCUGGUGUAUUUUCUGUGCCCACUGCUGGUGAUUCUUGUUGUGUACUGCAACAUGUUUAAAGUGGCCCGGGUAGCUGCAAUGCACCACGGCCCACUGCCCACAUGGAUGGACACACCUCGUCGCCAGAGGUCAGAGUCACUCAGCAGCCGCUCUACAAUGGUUACCAGCUCUGGGACAGGUACUGGAACAGGCAGAGGAACUCCACAACGCCCUUUUGGAGGAGGAAAGGCUGCAGCAGUGUUGGCAGCAGUAGGUGGGCAGUUUCUUUGUUGCUGGCUGCCCUACUUUACUUUCCACCUAUAUUCAGCACUGGCUGCCAGCCCUCCGGCCACACUGGCCUCUCUGGAGGAAGUGGUCACCUGGAUUGGCUACUUCUGCUUCACGUCCAAUCCCUUCUUCUAUGGCUGUCUGAACAGACAGAUCCGAGAGGAGCUGGGCAAGCACCUGCCUUGCCUGUUUCGUCGAGCAGGAAUUGAGGUGGAGGACAGACUACCCAGCCGUGAAGGAUCCAUAGAGGAGAAUUUCCUUCAGUUUCUUCAGGGCACUGGCUGCAACUUGGAUCCUCAAAACUCUCAUAGCACUUCCAGCCCCAAGGGUGAGGCCUGCUGCCCCGUGGCUCAGUCACAGCCAGCUGAGCCCGCACAUCCCAUUCCCAUUGAUUUCCGUAUCCCAGGACAAAUUGCGGAGGAGACUUCAGAGUUUAUUGAGAUUGAACAGGCGAAAAACAACCAUAUAUAUACAGACAGUUGA